CGCCGGCAACGCAACAACUCGGAGGCGCCUGCGCACAGGGCGCCAGUUCCCGAAGCAAAGGAACGGGACGGCGACGGGGAGCGGCCCCCUCUCUCCGCUGCUCGGCGCAGGGCCUUGGGUCUGGGCGGCCCCGGAGCUCCUGGGAGGCCUCCGCAACCUCUCCUACUUUUUGGAGACCGGCCUGGGAAGACUCCAUUUGCCUGGAGCCGAGACCACCUGCUGGUGCGACCUCUUCAAGCCCGGCAGCCACUCCUUUUGGCCCCCAGGAGAGGACAUUUGCCAGCAGCUGCCCCAGACCAUGGCCUUGCAGAGUGCUCGCCCCACCCUGGGGCUCCUCAGGACCCCCACCCCCGGCCUCCUGCUCCUGCUCCUCAGCCUCAGGUGGGUGCAGCUUUCCUGGGCCCAGGCUGCAGACACAGGACAGGGUGUCAGGACCCCAUGGCUGCAACGGACCUCCCAGGACCUGUCCUGGCAGCAGUCUCAGCCGAUCGUCAUUCUCCGGAGGGCUCUGCAGGGCACAGAGAAGAAGGCCUGUCCCCCGGGGAAAGAGGCCCAUGUGGUGGACGAAAACCUCGUCUUCUACACGGAGUGGGAGCUGGAGGCCUGUGUGGAUGGGGCCCUGCUGGCUGAGCAUAUGGACCGGGUGAAUGCGAUUCCCUUCACCUACCAGCAGCUUGACAUUUUAAAGCGCAAAUUGGACCAGGCCUACCCACAGGGGUACCCUGAGUCCCUGAUCCAGCGCCUGAGUUACUUCUUCCUUGAGGUCACCCCCGAGGACAUCCACAAGUGGAAUGUCACAUCCCUGGAGACCGUGAAAUCUCUGCUUAAAGUCAGCACAGGGCGAAAAAUGGAUGCUCAGGUGGCUGCCCUGAUUGCCCGCUAUCUGGUGGGCGGGGGCCGGCUGGACAAGGCCACCCUGGACCUGCUGGCCAGUUUCCAUCCUGCCUACCUCUGCUCCCUCAGUCCCGAGCAGCUGGGCGACGUGCAACAGGAUGUGGUCUGGGUGGUCAGGCCUCAGGACCUGGCUGCGUGCCGUCCACCGCAGAUGGACGUCCUCUAUCACAAGGCCCGCGUCGCUUUCCGGAACAUGAGCGGUUCUGCAUAUUUUGCAAGGAUCAAGCCCUUCCUGGGUGGGGCCUCCACGGAGGACUUGCGGGCUCUCCUUCGGCAGAACAUAAGCAUGGACAUGGCCACGUUCAAGAAGCUGCGGAAAGAGGCCUUGCUGCCGCUGACCAUUGCCGAGGUGCGAAAGCUUCUGGGUCCAAACCUGGAGGGCCUGAAGGCGGAGCAAGGGAACAGUCCUGUGCGGGACUGGAUCUCCCGGCAGCGGCAGAGCGACCUGGACAGCUUGGGGCUGGGGCUCCAUGGCGGCAUCCCCAACGGCUACCUGGUCCUAGACCUCAACUUUCGAGAGGCCCUCUUGGGGGGCUCCCACCUCCUUGGACCUGGAUCUGCGUUCACUGUGAUCCCCGCUCUGCUCCUGGCUUGGCUGCUGAACUGAGCUCACUGCCCUGCAGGCUGAACGGGGCCCUGCUGUGGAGAUUCCCGCUGGUGGGAGCGGCCUGGGCGGUCCCUGCUCCAUCCCAGGGGGUGGAGGCUCAAUAAAAGAGAACCCGU